AUGGACACACGGGCUGCUAUUGUUUGCUUCCUCGUGGUGCUAGCACUUGUGGGUACUCCUAUUUCUGCAGAGAAUUGCGCGGUCGUUGACAACGGCGGGGAGUUUUUCUGCACCAAGCCGCUGUGCAAGGCCACGUGUGAGGUGUUUGCACGUGAUAGGAAGGGCAGCCUCAAGGACUACCACUGUGAGAAGAAGAACGCCAUGAAGGCUGUUUGCUAUUGCAACAUUUGCUAG